AUGGCGGUUUUGAACCGCGUUUUUAGAUUAAGAGCGGCAAGUUCUUUCUCAGUUCGGAGCUUCCGUUCAUCAUCUUUUCUAAAUUCCGAAACUGACCUCAAGGCGUCUUCCUCUGUCAUCGCCCAAAACUCUCUUCCUCUGCAGCGAGACGUUAAGGACAGGAAUGCCCAGUGGGUCUUCCUCGGCUGCCCCGGCGUCGGCAAAGGCACCUACGCCUCUCGCCUCUCCACCCUCCUCGGCGUCCCCCACAUCGCCACCGGCGAUCUCGUUCGCGACGAGCUCUCGUCUUCUGGUCCCUUCGCUCUUCAGCUUGCAGAGGUUGUGAACCAGGGCAAAUUGGUUUCGGAUGAGAUUAUCAUAAACUUGUUGUCCAAGCGUCUUGAAGCUAGUGCAGCUAAGGGUGAAACUGGCUUCAUUCUUGACGGUUUUCCUCGAACUAUUCGUCAGGCGGAAAUUUUAGAGGGAGUAACAGACAUUGACUUGGUGGUCAACCUAAAGCUUCGUGAAGAGGCUCUACUUGCAAAGUGCCUUGGAAGAAGGAUUUGUAGUGAGUGUGGAGGGAAUUACAAUGUGGCAUGCAUUGACAUUAAGGGUGAGGAUGGGAAGCCUGGCAUGUACAUGGCUCCACUUCUUCCCCCUCCACAUUGUGCAUCAAAGCUUAUCACACGAUCCGAUGACACUGAAGAAGUUGUGAAGGAAAGACUCCGGAUAUAUAAUGAUAAGAGUCAACCUGUGGAGGGGUUCUACCGCAGUCGAGGAAAAUUGUUAGAGUUUGAUCUUCCUGGAGGGAUUCCUGAGUCCUGGCCAAAGCUGCUUCAGGCUUUGAAUCUGGAAGACCAUGAAGACAAACAGUCUGCAACCGCAUGA